AUGCCGAAGGCGGCGCGCGGCGCGGAGCCGCUGCAUGAGCAGAUCCUGAGGGCCGCCGCCCCGCGAGUGCGGCAGCGCCGGGGCCGGGAGGCGGAGGGCGAUGCGGAGGAGCGCGACGGAGGUUACGUGGGGCCGCGGCUGGCCCGGCGCAUCCUGCGGGAGGCGCGGAGGCAGCAGGAGGAGCUGGAGGCCGAGCACGGCCCCGGGGCGCCCGCCCGACCGCCGCCGCAGCGCUGCGCGACCCCGGGCGGCUCCGGCUCGGAGGAGGACGAGGAGGACGAGGAAUGGCCGAGCCUGCGGCGGGCGGCCGAGUGGGACGGGCGGAGCGGCGGCGGGGAUGUGGAGGUGGACCCCGAGGACGAGAGGGCGCUGGAGGCGUUCAUGAGCCGCGCUCCGCCGCUCAGGCGGACGCUGGCGGAUGUAAUCAUGGAGAAGAUCACGGAGAAGCAGACGGAGGUGCAGACGGCGCUGUCGGAGCUGUCGGGCCGCCCCAUGCCUCAGCUCGACCCCCGCGUGCUGGAGGUGUACAGAGGCGUCCGAGAGGUGCUGUCCAAAUACAGGAGUGGGAAACUCCCCAAAGCGUUUAAAAUCAUUCCUGCCUUGUCCAACUGGGAGCAGAUCCUCUACAUCACAGAGCCUGAGACGUGGACGGCAGCGGCGAUGUACCAGGCCACAAGGAUAUUUUCAUCCAACCUGAAGGAGAGGAUGGCCCAGAGGUUCUACAACCUGGUGCUGUUGCCACGGGUCAGAGAUGAUAUUGCUGAGUACAAGCGCCUCAACUUCCACCUCUACAUGGCUUUGAAGAAGGCUCUAUUCAAGCCAGGAGCGUGGUUCAAAGGAAUCCUCAUCCCCCUGUGUGAAUCGGGGACCUGCACGCUGCGGGAGGCCAUCAUCAUCGGCAGCAUCCUCACCAAGUGUUCCAUCCCUGUCCUGCACUCCAGUGCAGCCAUGCUGAAGAUCGCUGAGAUGCCAUACAACGGUGCCAACAGCAUCUUCCUCCGGCUGCUCAUCGACAAGAAGUACGCGCUGCCCUUCCGCGUGGUGGAUGCCCUGGUCUUCCAUUUCUUGGCCUUCCGCACAGACCAGCGCACCCUGCCUGUGCUGUGGCACCAGAGCUUCCUGGCUCUCGCCCAGCGCUACAAGGAGGACCUGUCCUCAGAGCAGAAGGAGGCUCUGCUCGAGCUGCUCAAGUUCCACAGCCAUCCGCAGAUCUCAGUGGAGAUCCGGAGGGAGCUGGCGAACUCCAAGACGCGGGAUGUGGAGGGGCAGGAGCCUGUGGCCAUGGAGUGAGGGGAGGAGGUGGGGAACACCACGGCCUGGCCUGCUCCUGGGGGCUGCUGCACACUGCUGGGAGCAACGCCUCCAGGAGGUGUUUGGGAACAUACAGCCCUGGGCUCCCUCUGCUUGUGGUGCUGUACCCACAGGGCUGGGCUGCGCUCCCUGCAUUGCUUGUUGCAAGGCAGCGCCAUGCCCCUGGCACCCAGGAAAGAGUAGGGAUUGUCCUGCUCCUGUUCUGGAAAAUAAAGCCCGAGCUGGGUCCUGCAGUCUGGAGUAGCUCUACUCUGUAGUUGCAUCUCUGCGGCUGCAUACACGCAUCGUCCUGUCCCGUCCCCAGCAGGGGGCAGAGCAAAGCCACCAACGCUGGGCUCCUUGCAGGGCUGCACUGCAAGAGCUGUCCCGACUGCAAAAGGAGAGCAGGGGCUGCGCAACCCCCUUGUCUCCCUGCUGGCAGCAGGCACCUUCCCGACUGCUGUGUAUUAAGUGGUCUGCGAUGUUGGGCAAAAGGGCUGGGGGGUAAACAUCUUCCUUCAGUGAAUAAGGUGGGGGCCAAGGCUGGGGCCCCCAGACUGUUCCCAGAGCCCACAGGAGCUCUACAGGAAUGCUACAGGUAGUGCUUCCAGGUUUGCUGCCAGCACCUGACCUGUGCCAACCCAGGGACGCCGUGUACAGCCCCAGGCAGAGAUGAGGGCAGAAGCUGCCCAGCAGCACUGGGAGCAGAAAGCCCUCUAAGAGCUCCUGUCCUUGCAAGGCUGGCAGCCUCUGAUUGUUCCCCAUCCCUCCCCACUCCCUGCAGUGCAUCCUUUUGGAGAUGUCUCGUGGCCUGGGCCUCCUUCCUGCCUGCUCCCAUCUCAGCACAUGCACCGCUGUGCUGGCAGCCCCUUCUGCACUGACCGUUCCCAAACACUUCCCAGUUGCCCCAAGGACUUUGGCUUUCUGCUCCACAGAGAUGGAGCAGCCCCAGCACCGCAGACUGCUGUUCUUGGCCAGUGAGGCCACAUGUGGCAAAGCCCACAAAGU